GGCAAUUAUCUUGUUUACAUCGCGUAUAUCUUCGCCUGUCGAGAGAUAUAUUGAGAUCACAUAAAAUGUUUUUUUGUAAAACCCAUCACCGCUCAUCAGAAGAGGACUCACUCAUAGUUUAAGUAGGUAGUAGGUAGUAGGUAAGCUGUGUCAUAUUUCGUCUCUCCAAAGUCUAAGCUGUGGUAUUUCUCGUAUGACCAAGACGCGACUAUCAGCUCAUAUAUAUUAAAUCAUCAUAAGAGUCGAACCAUCUCUUCAUCUAUCCCUCGAUUCUGAAGGGUGCUCUGAUGUAUCCAGCUUCAAUGGCACUCAAACCAGAUACCUCAAUGGAGGGCACACCAGAAUCAUCUCAAAUUUCUGUGCUUUUCCUCGCAUAUGACACUUUCAACACACUUGAUAUUCAUGGACCUCUUGACGUGCUAGGAAAUGUCGCACUCAGCGCAGAUCCGUUCAAACUUACAAUCGCAGCUCAACAUGAUAUCAUCACUUCAGCCGAAGGAGCAAAGAUCCAACGUCACAUUUCCUUCCUCACAGCCUUUGAAACCCUCGAGAAUUAUGAUGUUCUCAUCCAACCCGGUGGUCUUCCCGACGAUAUCUUUCCUCAUCUAUAUCCACAUACAGAUAGUACAUUCUCAGACAUGCUCAACAUUAUCAAAGCAUUUUCAAGACUUGGUCCAUCUCCUCGUUUACAAAGCCCGCGGGUAAUAAUGUCGAUAUGUACCGGGGCACUCUUUCUUGGCUCUGCGGGUAUAUUUUCGGGUCUGAACGCUACGACGCAUUUUCUUACUCUUCCGAAACUCAAAAUUAUCUGCGAUGCAUAUACUGCGAAGAAGCCAUCUUACAACCCAACAAUUGUCGUGCCGAAUCCUGCGUCCUUGAAUUUCAGAUACGUGAAGGAACAAUUGAGUCUAGACAAGAAAGUUAGGGUUAUUAGUAGUGGAGGAAUUAGCUGUGGGAUUGAUGCUACACUUUACCUGUUGGCCUUAGUCAAGGGGAUAUCACCUGCUCUGGCUGUAGCACAAAUGAUGCAAUACGCUUGGAGAGAGAUGCCAUGAUCGUUUAUGAGUUGGUGAUUUCCAGUAGUCUGGACCCCAGUGCGAUAAAGAUCGUUAUUCCUUGAUACUGGUUAGUGCAUGGGGUGCAUUUAGCAAGUUACCUUUCCUCAGAUUGUUAAGUUAUAAUCAAAGCUCAAAUUCUUUUCGGCAUAUUGAA